AUGGCAGGCGGGGAUAAAAAACCGGGCGAAGACGUUGCGACCAAACUUAAAAGUUUUAUUGAAGAGACUAGGGCGAGCGCAGAAGCGGCAGAGCAGCGACAGGCAUCGAUAGACAGCAGCCUGAAUAGAUUAGUUGAAUUGUUAACCAAAACAGCGGCCUUACAAGCAAUUGCGCCGUCUCCAAGCCCGCAACCUCCAGCUGAAAAUGCAGAGGACAAUAGACAAAAAGUCGAUUUUGCUGAACUCAUGUUCUUGGACAUGCGUCUACCAACAUUAAAUGGUCGUGAAAAGUCGAGCGAGGUUUCGAGCUUUCUCUAUAAGUUCAAGACUGGAACUAGAAACAUGUCUUCGGCCGAAAAAAGAGAUCUUUUGGAGGCCAAAUUGUCUGAUCAGGCAUUAAGAAUUUAUGAACACUGCAAGCGCUCUGCAACCAGCGAAAACUUUGAAGAAAUAUUUGAAAACUUUGAGAAAGAACUAAAAGGUCGAUCAGCGGACAAUCGAGAUUGGGCUUCAAUCUUUCUGAAGCCUUACUAUCGGCGGCACGACAUGUCGAUGCGGGAUUAUGCCGAUAAAAUUUCGGAUAUUACGAUGCGCGCGUUUGUGGGGGCACCGAAAGAGAUCAUGGAAAGGCAGCUGAUAACCAAGUUCAUGAGCGGCCUCAAUCAUAGAGAAGUAGGGAAUGCUUUAGCGGCCGAACGACACAAGAACCUGCCAUUCGAAGACAUGGUGAAGAUUGCCAUCAAUGUUUUGGACCAUAAUCAAGGCAACAGAUAUCGGCCACAAACGCAACAAAGGUCUUUCGGAGCGAAUAACAACAACAAUAAUAGUCUAGCUGCAACAACCGGACAUCAGAAUACCAAUCAAAAUACCAAUGCGAGUGUCCCAGCGCAACAAAAUCGGCCGAACCCUCCGUUUACUGGCGGAAAUAGAAGCCCAUUGGGUCAGAAUCAGGGUUUUCGCCGCCCCGGCCUGGCAUAAAUACGCGCUUACCAGAGCCGGGAAACUACAACAACAGCAGUAGAAAUGCGCGAACCCCAUGUAAUUAUUGUAAAAGAGGAACUCAUCGAGAAGAGGAUUGUUACAAAAAGAAGAAUGAUCUUCAGCGGCAAAUCAUCAGACCAUCCUCCAAUCCGGCCCCUCCAGAUAACCGACCAAGUCAAAGAGCAGUCACAAUAUCAGAGAUCACAUCAUUUGAACCCUCGGAAAUGCCGUCACCAGACGUGGACCCUCAACUAAUACUUGGAACGGACAUGUUGAUCAACCAUCUGAGAGAGACAGAGCCUUUACCAUGGCAAGAAGAAAAGAUACUAGGAACAAAGAGACUUCAGGGCACCGAACUCAGUGUAAAUGGUGUCGAAAUGUUUGCACUCAUCGAUUCAGGCAGUCAGAUCACCACGAUACCAAUUAACCUUUUCCUUGAUGCGGUGAGAGGAAGAAAAGAAUUGUUAAAAGAAAUUGAUUAUAGACAGACACACAUGAAAGCUAUAGUGGCGAACGGGGAAUCAUUGAAAUUUUUGGGAACUUGUUUACUUCCGAUCAAAAUUGAUCAAGAGAUCCGAAAUUGCAGAGUUUAUGUUGCGCAUCUGAUCUCAAAUCAUGUAAUAUUAGGCCAACCUGCCAUGGAAGUAUUUGAUUUUCGAUUAGUUCAAGGAAAAAUUGAUAAUCUGAAAGAAGAAAACACCAGAAACAUUAUGAGAGCUACAGCACAUAAUAAAAUUUUUUGUAUGCCGUUAACGUCUGAUCUAUUUGCAGAUAUGGCCGAAUUCCUUGAUGAAGAAGAAGCAAUGUUAUUGGGAGAAGAACAGAAUCACCAGAAUGACCCAGAUCAACCUGAGUUGAAUGAGCGGCCAAACGUUCCAAACCAACCACCGGCCAAUCAAGUAGAGCAACAAGGAGGUCAUGUCAACCAGAAUCUAUCGACUUUUGCUGACGGUAAGCUUGAUUCUUGUGGUAUUUCGGAAAGAACAAAAGAAAUUUUUGGCCAAAUAACACAAAAUUGCCCAGAAGGACACACAAACAAAUUCAUAAAACUGAUCGAACAAUACAAUGAUGUCUUCGCUUUAAGCGAUCGCGAACUAGGAACAACAAAUGUGGCCACUCAUAGGAUAGAUACCGGGGAUAGUGAACCUAGGAAACUAGCGCCUUAUCAAUCUAACCCUGUCACAGACAAAAUUAUCCGUGAGACCAUCAAUGACUGCUUAGAAAGAGGGAUAAUUAGACAUUCCCAGAGUCCUUGGGCGUGCCCGAUCGUGCCGGUAACCAAGAAGGAUGGGACGAUACGCUUUUGCGUAAAUUAUAAACCAUUGAAUGCGGUCACAAAAUCGGAUGCUUUUCCGGUCCCCAAAAUAGAGAAUAUCCUAUCAUCAUUAGGCGGCAAAACAUGUUUCAGUUCUGUAGAUUGCCAUUCCGGGUAUUGGCAAAUUGCCAUGCACCCCGAUUCAAUAGAAAAAACGGCAUUUAAUUCUAAAUAUGGAUUGUUCGAGUUCACGGUAAUGCCGUUUGGGGUAAAAAACGGCGGCGCUACUUUUCAACGAGCGGUCAAUCAUAUAUUAGAAGACGGACUGGGAGAAAGUUUUUUCGUCUACCUGGAUGAUAUUUUAGCGGCCAGUCAAGACCCCGACAAGCAUUUGGCAGAUCUCGAGAAAUUAUUUGAAAAAUUAAGAACGGCCAAUCUCAAAUUGAAACCGAAAAAAUGUUCGUUUUUCGCGAAAGAAUUUGAAUUUCUCGGCCACACAGUUUCAGCAAAUGGAAUUAGGAAAAAUUCGGAAAAAGUAAAAGCGAUGUUAGAGUUACCUUUACCGCGGAACCUCAAAGAGUUAGAAAGAGCAAUGGGGUGUUUUAAUUUUUAUCGAAGGUUUGUACCAAACUAUUCGAAAAUAGCAGACCCAAUGAGAGUAGUCCUCAAAAAUACUAGACAAUCAAAGGCUACUCGUACUCUAAAAAUGACAUCAGCAGAAGAACGAAAAUUCAAAAAUUGUUUCCAAAGAGUAAAAGAAAUAAUGGCCAAAGAUAUUGUCUUAGCUGUUCCGGAUUAUGAAGCGGCCCUAAAGGAUCCAAAAAGAAGGUUAGUUUUGAUCACGGAUGCGUCCUCUUUCGGAUUUGGAGCGGCCUUACAUCAACCAGACGAAAAUGGAUAUCUGCGGCCGAUCGCUUUUGUCAGUCGACGAUGUACUCCGACAGAAUCUCGAUUACACUCCUCAGAAGUUGAAGCUGUCGGAAUGUUAUUCGCUUGUUUGAAACUGGAAUAUAUUCUUUUCGGAAUUCCCACAUUGGUGUUAACAGACAACAAAGGAAUCAUUCCUCUGCUUAAAAAAGGGUCAACGAAUCCCAGAAUCGAUGCAAUGUUUGCCAUUCUGGCUCAAAAAUUUGAUUUGGAAGUAAAAUACAUCAAAGGUACGGCGAAUUACGUCGCUGAUACCCUAUCAAGAGCGUUCGAAGAACUGAGAGGGCCAAAGAUAUCCGAAAAUGACCAAGAAAACCCUGAAAACGAGGCAGACCCUCAAGAAAACACAGAAAAUGCUGAAAAUUUGGAAGAUUGUGAAGAAUCUUUCCACAUAAAAUCAAUGUCGGCAACACAAGCACCCGUUGACAUAACGGAAAUUGACAAUAACAAUCUCCAAAGACCAUGGAUCGAACCAGAGAAUUGGACCAAAGAAAUCAUGCACGAUGCUGAGAUCAGAGUGAUUUACAUGUACCUUGUUGAUGGAAAACUCCCCCCAGAUCCUCGAGAAUCAGAAAAAUUGAGAGAACUCGCGUCGACCUACACCUUGAAGGACAAUGUCUUGUACAAAUUAGUCGAAAAUACACUUAGACUCGUGAUUCCGGCCUCUCUAAUCGAUGAAUUGCUGACUAAAUUGCAUGCCACGCCGCUGACUUGCCAUCCAGGAAGGAAAAAAUUGGUUCCCCUUUUAUCCGGCUAUUAUUUUUCGAAAAUGACUUCAAGAAUCGAUCGGUUUAUCGCUCGCUGUCUAGUCUGCAAUAAGACAAAAUCUGCUCGUAAUAAUCAGCAACCCUCUGGAAACUUUGACUCCUCGGAACCAUUCGAAAUUGUCCAUAUAGAUGUUCUAAAACUUGGAUUAUCGGCCAAUGGAUUUGUCUACGUGUUGACAAUGGUAGACGAUUUCUCCCGAUACCUCAUAGCGGCCCCAAUGAAAUCAAAAUCGUCAGAAGAAGUAGCCAAAACACUCUUGUCGAAUCUCUUUCUGCGUUUUGGUGCUCCAAAAACCUUGCACUGCGACAAAGGCACCGAAUUUUUGAAUCAAACUCUAGAUACUCUUCGAAUUCUGACAAAAACGGCGAUAAGCACGACCCCAGGUCACAUGCCGUCGGCAAACGGCGUCGCCGAAAGAGCUAACAAGGAUAUUCUGGAUAAACUUCGGAAAAUCGCAUCGUCGGGGGAUGAUUGGGAUGAUCAUUUGCCCUUUGUCACUUUUGCCCAUAAUUCAUUGAUUCACUCAACGACAAAUUGCACCCCCCACAGUGUAAUUUACGGCUCAGAACCAAGAUUCCCGGCAGAAUGGUCAGAAAAAUGGACUCCGCCAAACCCACUCUACAGAAUGGACGCAAUGACGUAUAAAGACUGGAUCGGAAUGAAAAUUAGAGAAACGAUCGCGGAAAUCGGGCCAUACUUGAAAGAAAAGAGGAAAGAACGAGCCGAAAUCCAACAAAGACAAGCUGGAGUCGACAUCGACAAGUACAAGGUCGGAGAUCUCGUAUUCGUGGACGAAGACCAUUUUCCUUCGGAACCGGCCAAUCGAAAAAUUGAAAAAUUCCGAUUUGGGCCAUACAAAAUCAUUCAAAUCACAGACACUUCGGCACUUCUCGCGCCCUCAGAAGAAAGGUAUAGAUGGUUUUGGAGAAAAAAAUCGACCUUGUGCCCAUGCCCAAGCGAUUUUAAUAUGGAAAAUUUCACACCACAUCCACAUCAACCAAUUUAUAUGCCAAAACCUCCGUAUACGGAACCACCGCCAACGAAUUCGCGGUACAACCUCCGAAAAAGAUAAAACCAAUCAGAAACAUAUUUUUCUAGGUAUCUUAUUUAAAUUAUCGUAAUCAAACAUGUCAAAAACUAUUUAAUUUAUCGUAAAAAUGACCAGAGCGUCAAAACUUAUCGUAAAAUUACCCCUUGAUUAAAACGUUAUUGUAAAACUAAAAUUCUAUUCUAUAAUUAGCCAAAAAUUUGCUUAUCCCUCAACCUCUUAAACCCAGUAUCUAAAGAACAUUAUUUUCAGAAACUGGCUUCUACCCAUCCAUGAAAUGUGAAGGCCCCAACCACGAAAACUGCACCCAGAUUUUGUGUGCAUCGCUCACCACGCUCCUGGAAAGUCGUAACCCCAAUAUGGUCGUGAACAACGCAGUAUCCUUGGCCCAGCUGUUCCAUAUUUUGUCAAUGGACAGACCCCAGGCGUUCAAGUUGGAAUUAGCGGUCAGACUUCUGGAACGGCACCGCCCACCACCCCAAAAAGAUCUCACCACGGCCGAAAUCAGAGUGGCUUUGUCAACCAUCCUGGCCAAAUGUCGAGUAGCGGCCGCACAAGUUUCCCAGCAACCACUAAAUGCUGUCGGCACCACAUGCAGGGAGCACCAGUUGUCAGCAGAUUGGUCCAAAGAGUACGAAGUGAUCAGGGCCGAAUUAGCCCACCUCACACCCCUCAAAAGGAAAUUCGUGUUGAUUGGGGAUGAAGCGAUCAAAACGCUGUACGAAAGAGUGGUCUUUGCGGAACGUAGCCAGUGCCAGAUGAUACUUAUCCGGAACUUCGGAACAUUGAGAACCGAAAUCGGCCAAUGGAUCGCGCUGAACAAUGUGGAGAAGAUAGUGCUUUUCUUCGACGGCAUUCUCGGAAAAGAAACGGACGCUCAAGACCUGACCUCAAAUUGCCGAGCAAUAAUCGACGGCCUUAGAAGAUGCUGCACGAAUGAAGAAACGGAGAUCAUAUUCCUCCCACCACCGGCCACAACCAGCAAUUUACCACGCUACCGGCAACUUUUGACCAGUGGAAUUUUUACGGCCACUAGAGACGACAGAUCGUUGUGUGAAGCCCUUCGCCUCGGAUCAAGCCACCACCCCGACAGAGUCAGCGAAAAUGGAAAGCUUUUGAAAGCCGGAGCAACCGAAAUGGCCCCAAUACUUUCCGAAGUUGGAAUCUUGCCGAAGGUCGUUUCGAAUACGCCACAAAAUGAGCAGAGAGCAGUCCGCGGUCGUUCAAACCACGUCAGAGGACAAGCCAAUCGCUAUCAGCCAUACCAACGCGGAAGAGGACAAAAUCGCCGUUAA